AUGCAGGCUGAAAAUAUACCCAAGGCGCUUCAGACAUUUUACGAUAAAUAUCAACAUGGUGAGCCAUCAGAAAGAGGCCUCCUGGAAUCGAUUCAAGCUCUUUUGAUCGGCCCUCACACCUAUAUCAUCAUCGAUGCUCUGGAUGAAUGCCCAAAUACCGAGGAAGAAAGGGCUGGACUAUGCAAUAUCUUGAAAGAGUUGAAUUCAUGGGGCAAUGAGAGACUUCACGUUCUCGUUACCAGUCGUAAGGUAGCAGACUUGACGGAAGCACUUCUACCAAUCGUCACUCAAGAGCCUAUCGGCAUCCAAGGAUCGGUUGUUGAUACGGAUAUUCGAAAGUAUGUCCGAACACAACUCCAAACCAAUUCGAAACUUUCCAAGUGGCCCACAAAAAUCCAGGCUGAGAUCGAACAGACUCUUGUCAAAAAGUCAGGCGGAAUGUUCCGCUGGGUUGUGUGCCAGUUCCAUUCUCUGUCAAAGUGUCUUAGUCAGAAGGAUGUCAGAAACGCCUUGUCCUCUUUGCCUCGGACGCUCGAUGAAACAUAUGAGAGGAUACUGGUCAAUAUACCAAUAGACUAUCAGUCGAAGGCUCUUACUGCACUUCGGUGGAUCAUAUACGCUGUCAAAGAGCUGAGUUUGGUUCAAGUAUCAGACGCGAUCAUCAUCAACCCCCAAGCUGAUCCUCCAUUCAGUCUCGCCGAUCAACCACCAGAACCACUCUGGAUCCUCGAAACUCUACCUGGUCUGGUCACAAUU